AUGGGUUCGCGGCCUGAAAAUCAACUCAUUCCCGCGACACCGGAAGAGUCGUUCUCCGGGACCACUAUCUUACCGUCAGAGCCCGACAGCGACUCCAAGCUGGAGGUGAUGAUCGAAGCUCUCCCGGACUUGGAACGUACCGCCGAGAACAUGUUGAAAUUUCUAGUGCCCAACUCUGCGGAAUUGUCGAGGAUUGUCCGGUUGGCCAAGUCUUUGAGUGAUCCCUUCAACACCGAUAGCAUGCGAUUCAAACGCCAUAGAAGGAACCUCGAAGAAGAGGAACAGCACUUUGGCCAACAGAUAUACAUCGAUGUCCGGAUGGUCAACGAUCUCUUCGCAUCAUCAGACAAGGUGGCUGAGAAGCUGUAUGGGAUGGACUGCAGUCUAGCCCCAUUUCUGCAGAAGGCCAACUGCGCAAGAUUUGCGCUUGAGGUUCUCCUGGCCAGACCCGGUUCGAGCCCGUCCCCUAAUGAGGCAAUCAGCGUUCUUGAUGAGGUUUUUCCAUCGCCUUUCAUGGACAGGCUAGUAUCGGCGGACCAGACCCUACUUCCGGGGGAUAGCGCCUUGGAAAGGGAAACAUUCGACCUUGCCUUGGAAAUUCGUACUCAGCAUGUCAUCAUGCAGUUGGAGGAGCGUCAGCAUGAUCCUGACUCCGAUCCUUUCAUGGUGCUGGAUGAUGGUUUCUAUGUUGAGCUGGAGAAUGAUGGGGAUUCGUCCAACCCUGUCCAAUGGGCUUUCCGAGGUUUCGGAACGGAGGCUCUGGCGGGUCCAAAUGGAGAGAUUCCUCCAAAGCUUGCAAGUCAAGUGGAGUAUCGGUACAGAGAAAUGCAGGUUUGGCUCCAGCCAGAAGACAACGUGUUUGACAUUGAGGAACUCAAACGAGAGUACGGAUGGCGAAAGUUUGUUGCGCGGGCUGCUGAUUGGGUUUGCAAACGGAGCGAUGAGAUCGAAGCCGUUCUAGAGGGACUGAGUUUGCCAAGUAGUAGGAAGAUCAAGGAUGCAUACUUUGCGACACCGAAGACACGUCAUAGUCUUGGAAGCACGUUGGCAUCGACGCCUAGGACGAGGAACUCAGCAACACCCUCGACUGCUCGACGGCUGACGCAGUCGACUCACGGGACUGCCACUACGAGAGAAGCUUCGCGUUAUGCUGCCUUUACGCCUUCGCUUGCCCGAAAUGGCUUGCGAACUGGCCGCGGCAGCCUGGUUUCGGAGCGAAAUGCGCGAAAUACUGCGACUCCUUCGAGCUUGCGGAAUGCGUCUUAUGCCGUACCCGAAACUCAGCAGGUAGAGGGAAACCCGAAUUGGGGUUCUACAAGCCCCGAAACCCGGAGAUUAAUGCAGUCCGAAUCUCCUCUGAGGUCGUCUGCAAGGCCUUCGCAGAAUGUCAUUCAACCCUCAGCCGAGCGAGAGCAGGAUCUUCCUAGCCCAGAAGUUCAAGGUCAAGCUCAGCCAGAAUUUUCGACUCAAUCACCCAAAAGUGUUCAUCAGGCUGGAAACAGGGACGGCUCUACUACGCUGCACGUCGAAGAGCAAACCGAGGAACAGCAGAGUGCUCCCUUGGAAUCUGUUGAACCUGCUACGUCUCCCAUGCAUGCACGACCAGUAUCUGACGCUAAUGGACUGAAGACAAAUGCUGGAAAUCCUGUUGAAGCUAUCCAGGCUAGCGCCGACGUUCAGCGCAGUACUCUCAGAAAGCCUCCUCUCGUCGACCAAGAACGGCGAAAACCCUCUAAACUCAAACCGACCUUUUUGAACUUGACGUCCAUCGAUCGACUAAGGCAACGACAACAGCAAGUCAACGCUAUGACCAAGGAACCCGAGAGUCUCCAGCAGUCGGAGCCUGUCCAGGUUGCAGAUACUUCCGCAGCGAUUCAGUCGACCUCGGAGGAAACAGCUCCAGAAUCUCCUGAGCUACAUUCUGCCCAACCAGCCCAACGCUCCGACAAAGAGCAGUUCGGGUCGGAAAAGACUGUUGAAACUUGCCUGCCAGAACCCCCGAGGGCAGACACCCCGGAACCGGCUCAAGAGAAUCCUUCCGAGGUACAGGCGUCGCCUGAUAUGACCUCUACAUUUGUUCAGGAUGAGGUCGGAUUCGAAGUAACCCAUGGCCAACUGGAUAUCGAUCCCGGGGAGUCGCAACUAGAGCGAUCACACAGUCCCUCAUUUGUCCGCCACUCUCGUCCGCCCUCCCUUCGGGAGAGGGCAACACAACAAUCCAGCCGCGAGAAUGCACAGGAUGCGGACGAUGAUCUAAAUGAGGCAUUGGCAAUGUACCAUGCGGGGGCUCGGCAGGCUCAGGCUGCGCCCCAGAGCUCGCGUGCUCUGUUUAUUGACCGCCAAACGAAUGCCGAGCGCGUAUCCCCCAUCAGUCAAGGACUGGAUCCCCGAAGCGUCGAGCGGCGACGCGCCGAAGUCUCUCGCAAGCGUGGGCGAGAGCUUGAUGAGGUUCCGGAAAGCGAUGCCGAAUUCGAGCACGACGAUCGCGAAGUGUCCAUCGAGCGCCAACGAGCCAGAAAGCCAAUCCAGCCACGCAGCAAGCGUGCCCGACUAGAGACGCAGACAACAGACGCGGUGGGGAGCUCUAGCAAACAGUCGACUCGACUCAGCCCAGCGCACCCUCUAGACUCACCAUCGGAUCCCGCUCAGGGCACUUCUACUGCGAGAAAAAAGAGGGUAAACAACGGAAAGCAAAGUAAGGUAUAUUGGAAAGACACCGAAAAGCAGCGAGUUAUACGAUUGAUCGAAGAGUAUGGACAUCUUAGAAAAGGCAACAGCUGUGAUUGGAAAAAUAUUCACAAGAUGAACGAGAUCGUGCCGGUGCUACCGGGUGAGAAACGAUUUGAAAACAGAGACCCUACCCAUAUCAAAGACAAAGCCCGGAAUAUCCGGCAGUGGUACGAAGAUCGAAACCUCCCACUUCCCAAGAACUUUGAAUUCGUCACCAUGAGCGCGAACUAUUACAAGAAAAGAGAACCACGUCAGCGGGCAAGUUCUGCAACUGUCGCUUGA